AUGUCACCUUAUGAAGCGCUGUAUGGAAGGCCAUGCAAAACACCUUUGUGUUGGACGGAAGUGGGAGAAAGAAGAAUGUUUGGAUCGCCUAUCGUACAAGAGACUAUGGUUAACCUGGAGACGAUUCAAACCAACAUGAAGAAGGCUCAAGACCGUCAGAAGAAGUAUGCUGACCAGUCCAGAAGAGAGGUAACUUUUGAGAUAGGAGAUUGGGUCUACUUGAAGGUUACUGCACAGAAAGGGAAGGACAGAUUUGAGGAUAUGCAUCUACAUCCGGUGUUCCAUGUUUCCAUGCUUCGGAAACAUAUACGGGAUCCAAGUGCUGUUGAGCCCGAGAGAAUUGAGGAGCUAAGGACGAAUCUUACAUACCCGGAAGGACCAAUCCGACUUGGAGAAAGGCGUAUUCGGAAGCUGAAGAAUCGUGAGAUUGCCCAAGUACAAGUAUUCUGGGGAAGACAAAACAGGAUUCAUGUCACUUGGGAAGAUGAAGCGAGAUUCAAGGCCGAUCACCCGGAGUUUUCCGAGAGGAUGUUGUGA